AUGCCUUGCUAUAUGUGCAGACAUAUGCACGACCCGAUCAAUAUGAAGGGGGGUAAUACAGUCAAAUUAUUGAGUAUACUCGUGCUGGCCGUCUGGGUUUUGUUGGCUGGUAGUGUUCGAUCUGAUACAAGUUCGAAUACUUGUAGAGGAGACUCCAAACUCAGGCCACCCAAUUACAACAGUGAAAAAUAUACAGUCGACACCAAGAGUCCUGAUGCCUACAGGAAGAUGAUCGCUCGCCUGCGGGAGCUGCUGACAAUGCGCGGGGAGUACCGGCAAGGAAUACCGAUACUCCCUGAGCGAACAAGCGUCUCUGAUUCUCAACGGUACAUCUUACUUGAAAUCACUGUCGGUGACACAGCAGGAGGUGUAACAUUUGCUAUCGAUGUGACCAACGUUUACAUCGUUGGUUAUCUUGUUGGCACCACCAGAUACUUCUUUCUGGAAGCUCCAGCCAGGGCAGAGGACCUUCUCUUCACAACAGCGGAUAAUCAACCUUCACCAAGGAAGUCAUCCAACUAUGCAAAGUUGGAACAGAAUGCAGGUGCAUCGAGGAGGGCCUUCCCGCUGGGGCUGGCUAGUCUGGCUGAUGCCAUCAGAACACUCAUAACUAGAAGACCAGAAGAUGCAAGGUCCCAUCUAAUAGUAAUCCAGAUGGUUUCAGAGGCCGUGCGAUAUUGGGAAAUAGAGUGGAAUGUUCUCCAAAAUCCUUCGUUUCUACCAGACUCUCGUAUAAUUGGUUUCCAGAACAACUGGUCAGCUCUCUCUUUGCAGAUCCAGACUAGUGAUGCAUUCGCAUUUCAAAGGCCUAUUACCAUCGGCGAUCAAGUCGCUGAUAGUGUUCAGUCAGCAGUCAUAAAAGCUUUGUUUCUGAUGUUGUUUAGAUGCGCUCGGCCGCAUAAUCUGCAGUUGCCAAUGGAGGAAGGUAGAUGCAAGCGUAUGACCGACCCAGCUACUGAAAUACUGGGAAGUGAUCUUUGUCUGUCCAUUGAUCCUCCUCUGCAGAAGGCUGAUGACAAAUGCAAGCAUUUAGCCGACCCAAGGAGUCGAAUAAGGGGCAGAGAUGGCCUCUGUGUUGACGUGGAGGGGUUUAUUUAUCGAGAUGGAACCCCAGUUGUUCUCUUCGCAUGCAGGAGCAGUGACUUCAGUAACCAGCUUUGGAAGUUCCGAGCAGACGGCAUGGUCGUAUCUCUGGACAAGUGCUUGGCAGCAACCGGGGUAAACCCGGGAAGCACUGUGGUGAUACAUCAAUGCGAUACUCUCCAUGAUUCCGCGGUUCAAUGGGUGAUGAGCAACUCCGGGACUCUGUCCAACCGAGUCAGCGGGCUGGUCUUGGAUGCUGCUUCUGGUUCUGGAAAACAGCUGAAACUGCAGAGUGACACUAAUUCCAGCUUUCAAGCCUGGCAGAGGACUAAUAAUAUUAAAGCGGUUGAUGUCUACAUACAUGGUGAAAAUAAUCGGUGCAUCUACUAUAAUGGUGACUAUGGGAUUUAUGUAGAGGGAUGUCGCAAAGACUACUCCUGGCAAAAGUGGAGACUGUACCCAGAUAGUACUAUCCGACCUAUACAACAACUGCGUGGUUGUCUUGAGCUUAAUAGUUUCAAAAAUUCAACUUGGUUUUAUAAUUACAUCCAAUUUGGGAAUUGCCUUUGGUAUGCUGAUUACCACCGUUGGAUCUUUACCCACGAGGGAACCAUCAUGAAUUUGAAGAGCAACUUGGUGAUUGAUGAGGACAGGGACUAUCCAGGAAAGGGAUGGCUCAAGGCAGCGCCCUUCCAAGGUGGCCUCAAUCAAAUCUGGAAGCUUGAAUUUAUAAAAUAA